GCAGGAGCACGAGUUUGCUCUCCACCGUCACUUUGACCUGCAAGAUUGUGAACACGAAGAAGUCGUUUGGAAGUUUUCGGACACGUUUUUCCAUAUUAACAAAGUGAGAUUUAGUUUUACAGAAAAAAAAAAGAUGCUGGAUCGUUGUAGCCAAAUUGUCCUGCCACUGCUCUGUGGAUGCCUGGCUUGUCUUGUGGUGACCUCAGUUGUGAAUGCAGACGGUCGAGUGUUCGUGUUGGACUUGAGGAACUCCUCUGGCCUGCAGGGCUUCAGAGAUGCUGAGCAGGCUUGUGCCUCACAACAUGCCCGCUUGGCUUCAGCAGAGGAGCUCCGUCACGCUGUGGUGGAGUGUUUCUUCUCUUCGUGCACUCGUGGAUGGCUCUAUGGAGGCACAGUGGGGACCACAGUGUGUAAUAUUGUGGGCAGUACGCUGAAAGCAGUGGAUGUGAGAACAGAAAAUGCUACAGAGGACACUGCACACCUGGACGCUUUCUGUAUCAAAGACAAAGGUGUACCGUGUGGAGACCCUCCAUCUUUUCCCAAUGCCCAUCUGCAGGAGCACACUGGGUUUGAGAUGGGCGACGAGCUGCUGUACAUGUGCGCGCCAGGUUACGUGAUGCCCAGUGGACACAGUGCCUUCAGCCUGCUCUGCGACAGCUGUGGAGAGUGGUAUGGGCUGGUGCAGAUUUGUGUCAAAGAUGAGACUGAAAGUCAGGUUGACUAUGAAGACAAGUUCACUGAUUCCUAUGGAGAGAGAGAGCGCCACAGUGAGAGACCAGAGGAGGCUCACAGUAAAGUGUAUGAGGAGGUACAUGGAACCUCAUACCCGGAGGGGAUGAGGAGUCAGGAGCAGCAAGAGACGAGCUUUGGCAUUGAAGUGGAGGACGAGCAUCAAGACCAGCAUGGACAGCAGGAAGCAGGAGGAGAGUUGAUUGGUAGAAAAUAUGAAGGUGUUGCAGAUGGAGUAGAAAAAGACGAAGAGCGGGCUGCUGAAGGCUUUAUAGGCCAUCCAAGGUGGGAGCAGGAGAGGAGAGAGGUGGUUAGGAUAGAUGCAGCUGCAGUCACAGAAGCACCUGUCUCUCUUCUCUCCCAGAAACACAUGUUCUGGUUCCCAUCUGAGGCCUUUCAGGAGGAGGGGCAUCCUGUCUCCACCAAUCCAGUCACACAGACUACCCAGAGAGCCUCAGGUGCCCAAUCAGAAGAAAGCAAAGAACAUGAGAGCCAAGAGAGGGACCACCACCAACAUCCUGUUGAUGUUGACGACCAUGAUCACGGGCGAGAAAGAGACGAUGAUCAUGAUGUAGAUGACCAAGAUGAUCAUGACAACAGCCACCAUGACAUCCAUGAAGACAGCCACCAUGAUGAUCAAGAUGACCGUGACAGUCACCAGGAUGAAGAUGACCAUGACGAUCAUGUGAAACCUUACAUUCCAGCUCAGCAUGAUGACAUGGAGAGACAGGACCGUCACGAAAAACAUGACGACGGUCACAAUGACCAUUAUGACAUGGGUGAGCACGAAGAUGAUCGGGUUCGCUACGGCAGCCAGGAGUACGAUGAUCGAGAUGAUACCUACGAUGAACAUGAGAGCUAUGAGGAUCAUGAGGACGUGACUGACGAUCGUGAUGCCGUUGAUCAAGAGCAUCCCGAAGGCUCUAAGGAACAUCCAGACCAUGACGACCACGAUGAUGGUGAGGAGCAUUAUGACCCGGAAGAGGACGAUAACGACCGUUACACUGAUCACGAUGACCUUGACCAUGAUGACCAUGACAGAUAUGAUGAUCAUGAUAGCCAUGAAGAUGAUGAUGAUGGCCAUCAGCGUGUAAUCUUUUCUAUAGCAACAGAUGAGCGCCAGAAUGUCACUCAGAGAGGAGCAGGAGGAAAGGCCACCACAGAUGAAACCUGGCUAGACGGCUACCCCGUUGUCCCAGAGGAAACAGAAAAAGGUGACUCCACAACAGACCGACCCAAUGAGGUGGAAAUUCGAAGACCUGUGUCUUACACCAGCUUACCAAAGGAACAAGAGCCGCCCACCAUGGAGCCUGAAGAAAGAAGAGUGGUCAAGGUGUGGCCUGGAUUCAUCCCCACCUCUGCUCCUUACCCCGACCACUUAGAGCCCUCAGAUUCCCCCUCAUACUCCGACACCCUUGACUACGACACACAACAAGUAGCUCCCACCCACUCCUGGCAGCGUGACCUCACUGAGCACCCCUUCCCUAAUUAUGGCCCAGCUCCUCCGGUGCAUGACGGCGACAUCCUCACUGGAGAGGAGGGGAAGCACACUGUGCACAGCCUGCCCGGUGAGACUGGUGAGAGGGGGGAGAUGGAAGGGGAGAUGGGGGAGACGAUCUGCACAGGCGAUGACUGUCCUCCACGUCCUCCAAGCUCCUCCAGCCAAGGCCCCAAGGUAGCUGCCAUAAUUGUGGCGGUGUGUGCUGUUGCUGCGGCAGUCGUCGUCGGGGUGUGGUGUUACCGACGGCAGCAGCAGAAGAGCUCAAUGUACGAGAUGAACGGAAAGGGCCAGAGUCAGAUCAGACAGGGCCAACAGAUAGAGAUGCAGCAAAAAGUGUAAGCGUGAGAGAUGAGGAAAGAAGGACACUGACAGAGGGCAGAGACAUUUGGGAGGGAUGUGAUGAUCGGAUGAUGAAUUCGAGAGGAAAGCAAAGCUUAUUAGAAACUACUGCAUGAUUGAAGGUUUUGGAUAGGUAUGAACAGAUGAGUUGUGCUAAAGCCCUGUUCCAAACAGCAAAACUUUACCUGUGCUCAAAAUUUAGAAAACUGAAAGAACCUACACAACAGUAUGGUAGCAGUUCUCUUCCUCUCCCACUUAUUGGAUCCGUUAGGAAAUUCACUCAUCUUUUGCAUACCUAUUCAUUGUUUUCAUAGCUCUAGUGUCUAGUUGGUGGAAGGGCAGUGUCUGGACUGGACUCGGCUCCAGGAACUGAAAAAAAGAGACUGUAAGGAAAUGACCCUGUAGGAAAACCACAAGAAGGCAUGCCUGCCUGACUAUUUGAACUGAGACUUCAACCUCCAAAGCUCUUGGACAUUGUGGGAAAGAUUUUCUGUGCUACCUUGCUGUCAUUUUUUGUUGACUUUAUUGAGUGCUCUGUUUAUUGGUGUUGUGUAUUGUUUCAGAUUUAUCGAUUUCAAUCUUCUUUUUUGUUUAUUGUGUUUAUAAAAACUGUAUCCCUCUUGUUACUCCACGACAAGAGUGCUGAAGUUCAGAACACUUCAGAUUAUUGCAGCAGAUUUUGGGCAGGUAGUCCCAAAUAAACGACCCGGCUUCUGUCAGACCUGUGUGAAAGAAAGAAAAAAAAAUUCACAACCAUGAUGAUGAGGGUGAUGGUUAGACCAGAUGAGAGAGUGGGAUGAGUGGAAUGAAGAGAACUGAAAGCGGAAAGGAAAAGGAUAAAAAAGAGACCAAGGAAUGGUGUGAGUAAGAGGUAUGAUGGGAGAAACAUUUAAAGACUUUCCUGCCUCUGUUGGUUUUGACAGUCAGCUGGUGAGAAAUACAGAGCAAGUGUCCAGACUGCAGGCUCAGCCCCAUGCAUGUAUGUGUCCAAGUGUGUUUGUGUGAUACAGAGAGAGAGAGAGAGAGAGAGUGUGUGUGUGUGUGUGUGUGCGUGUGUGUGUGUCUCAGGUUCGUGCAAUUCGCCGCUCAGCAGUACAUCGUGUUUGAAGUUUCCGACGGAAGAACCAGAAUGGAUUCUGACAGCAUUCAGACCAACCAGAGAUCAAACACUGUGGUGCUGCCAUGGCAACAGAGAGAAACUACCCCAAAUGUUAUAGUUAAAAGAUUAGUACUAUUCUUGAUUAUUCAGACUGUUUAGGGUGGGGUUUUUUUUCAUAAAAGUUAAUGAAAGAGAUUUCUAAAUAUCUUGUGGAACUGGAGAGUCUGUGACAUUAGGCUAAAGUUAGGGCUGGACCUCAUGCCCCUAAAGUGUGAUAAAUGGUUACAUGUAGCUUUAUAAUGAUAAAUGUAAUGCUAAAUGUUUUUAAUACAACAUCAGUGGAUUAUAUUUCCUUACUUGUUUUCUGCUAUGUCUCUUCUUAUUAAUUACAAUUCAGUUAAAGAGGGUCUAUUGGACUCAAUACAAAUGUGUGGGAAUGUAAACAGUUUGUUUAUCAAAACAUUCUGAUAUGAUUAAAUUUAGGCAGGAAAUUUGUAAUGCGAGUAAUCUGCUUAAUUUGGUUGUUCAAAUAAGUAAAGAUUUUACUUUAGCAUUGUAUGAUUCCGUGACAUUUACGUUUUUGCUGUUUCCAUGUUGUGCCAAAUACUUCAGAACAAGGUCAACUGCAAAAUUAGAAAAGCUCAUAAAAAAGGUGCAAGUGUAAGAAAAAGUCAAAUAGCCAUAUAAUGUAGAUGUUAGAUUUUUAAUUUUAGUGGUGUAUAAAUACUACAAAAUUGUCUAUGUCACAAUGACUUAAGUAGAAAGUGGUUUACUUGUAGUAAGUCUACAGUGGGUGGUGGCUCAUAGACAAGGUUCAUUAUGGUGUCAUCAGUCUUGAAUGAUAAUUAAUUUUUUUUUUCUCAUAUGUUUCUAACAUAACAUCCAAUGUCGUCAGCAGGUUUAAAAAAAGAUUUUUUUAAAUUGUGUUCUUUUUAAUCUGGUUAUGAAACAGGGAUUUGUUUGAUUUGGAUUGGUUAAGAGAAUAAGAACCAAUUUUUUCCCCGGAUUUAAUUAAAUUCAGUGUUUUUCAUUUCUGAAUCAUGUUGUUUGAAACUAUAUUGACACUAUUCAUGGCUGAGGGCUUCUGGGAAAUGAAGUACCCGUUGUUGUCUAUGUGUUUCUGUAAAUAUUAACCUAUGACUGUAUUAGCUUGCUGUACGUACUGUAGUGUUACUGGUGUCCAGAAAAUCUCACCUCACCAAGACAGUCAAGCACAGUUAACAUCAGACAUUACCUCUUUAUGUCUUACACAAGGUCAACUCAUUUCCACCACUCAGAAUCUCACCUGCAGCCUGUUACAUGUACCAGUCCACUCUGUUGUUGAAACGCACAGUACUGUACUCGCAAAAGUCAGCUGCUGGAGUAAGAUUGAAACAAAAACCACAUUGUUGUUGAUCACGUAAGGACCUGUCUGACCUCACAGCAGAUUUGCCACAUGACCUGACAGUAAUCAUUAACAGUGUGGUUAAAUUUGGAAUCACUUGAGUUUUGUGCAAAAGCCUGACGCCAAUGAAAGGAAAACAGGAAAUAAUGUUUUGUCAUUGCUACAUCUCAUUCACAUGAUGCUUUAAUGUGUCAGUUUCUUCCCCAUUUCAAUUCCCCUGAUGUGCAUGAUGUCAGGAUGAAGUGUGUACUGUAUGUGCGUUGUCUAAGUCACAAUA